AUGACAAUGGUUCCUGAGCCACACGAAUUUGAAGAGCUAGAAAAUGCCACCCGGCCAGAAGACUCCCGAGAAGUGCGUGCCAUUCUUGAAGAGGAUUUUGCCAAACAGCUCAAAUCAUUAAAGGAGGACCUUUCGGCCACCAGGGCCACCAACAAGAUGCACGCGCUUGAUCAUCGCUAUGAGGAUAAUCAGCGCCGGGGACUCGACAAAUUCAAGACCUUGCGCCAAAUAAGGCAGGGCAACACGAAACGUCGCGUCGAAGAAUUUGAAGCCCUUUAA